GCACGGCGCCGCGCCAGCUGCCCGCCGCCCGCUCGCUGAGUCGCGUGGGGCUGGGGACCGGCAGAGCCUUGGCGCUUGCAACCUUCCCCCCUCCUCGCGGCGCCCUUUGGCCUUCUGGGGGCUCCGCUACUGCCGGGGGAACGAGGAAACUGGGGGCCCAGACAAAGCCCACUUUGUGCGGGGAGUUGGCUGCGGGCGUGGAAUGUGUGCGUCGGCGCGCGCCGGCUCCCCGGGCCCCGCUAGCUGCGAGUCUCGGCUCCCGGACUGGUCUCGUCGAGUCGGAUAAAUCGUCCUCCAGAGCCAUCCUCCCACUGUGGGGUCUGGCCUUGGAGCUCACACUGCCCCGAGUCUCCUCUGUCUCUCCCUUCUCCCUCCCCUCCCCGCUUUCCCCGCCUCCCCCCCCCAACCUCCCGGGGGCGCACGCAGGUGUGAGCUUGCGAGGGUUUUGUAGAGGAAUUUGUUCUUUUUAGAACUGGGACCUGGGGACCCCAGUUCCCCGGGCACGCGUGCCUUGAUCCUUUUUGUCUGCGGCCGCAGUUCUGAGCUCUGUGGCCUCAGUUUCCCUCCCCGACUUGUUUCCUCUCCAGCUCAGCCGUGCGCGUCAUUGUUCUCGCUGUCAAAUGGGGGUGCUUUGUGAAGGCUGCCAAGUUAGGGUGUGUUCUCUCUAUCCCAUUUUUCAAACAAAACGCCUCUAAGGCUGACCCCGGGUAACCCACCCCCUAACCCUCUCUUCAAGUUGUUGCACUGAUUUUUUUUUAAUCGAGUAGUAGUUUAUUGUAUAGGAGCCACGCCCUGGUUUCUUAAAGGCGCCUUGCACUCUGUUUGGCCAUGUGUUGUCUCUGCAGCUCGAGUGUGGGAGGCCUCCUGUGAGCCCCUAAUUUUUUCCCGCCUCUUGAUUCCAUCCACCCCCAUCAAGAAUUUAGGGAUGCCAGGUGGAAAAAAAGUGGUCGGGGGUGGCAGCAGCAGUGCUUCCCCAACUGCCAAUGCCCCACCAGCCUCUGGGGUCAGGCGUUUGGAAACCAGCGAAGGGGCCUCAGCCCAGAGAGAUGAGGAACCCGAGGAAGAAGGGGAAGAGGACCUGCGAGAUGGAGGCGUCCCCUUCUUUGUCAACCGGGGCGGACUGCCUGUGGAUGAAGCCACCUGGGAAAGGAUGUGGAAGCACGUGGCUAAGAUCCACCCCGAUGGAGAGAAGGUGGCGCAGCGGAUCCGUGGGGCCACGGAUUUGCCCAAGAUUCCCAUACCAAGUGUGCCUACGUUCCAGCCGUCCACACCCGUCCCGGAGCGCCUGGAAGCCGUGCAGCGCUACAUCAGGGAGCUGCAGUACAAUCACACAGGGACACAAUUCUUUGAAAUUAAGAAGAGCAGACCUCUGACAGGGCUGAUGGACCUGGCCAAGGAAAUGACCAAAGAGGCUCUGCCAAUCAAAUGCCUGGAAGCCGUGAUCCUGGGAAUUUACCUCACCAACAGCAUGCCCACCCUGGAACGCUUCCCCAUCAGCUUCAAGACCUACUUCUCAGGGAACUACUUCCGCCACAUCGUGCUGGGGGUGAACUUCGGGGGCCGCUACGGCGCCCUGGGCAUGAGCCGGCGCGAGGACCUGAUGUACAAGCCGCCGGCCUUCCGCACGCUCAGCGACCUCGUGCUGGACUACGAGGCCGCCUACGGCCGCUGCUGGCACGUGCUGAAGAAGGUCAAGCUCGGCCAGUGCGUGUCCCACGACCCGCACAGUGUGGAGCAGAUCGAGUGGAAGCACUCCGUCCUGGACGUGGAGAGGCUGGGCCGCGACGACCUCCGCAAGGAGCUGGAGCGCCACGCCCGCGACAUGCGGCUCAAGAUUGGCAAAGGGACGGGCCCUCCCUCUCCCACCAAGGACCGGAAGAAGGAUGUUUCUUCCCCACAGCGGGGCCAGUCCAGCCCCCACCACAGGAACAGCCGCAGCGAGAGACGGCCCUCGGGUGAGAAGAAGCCUUCUGAGCCCAAAGCCAUGCCAGACCUCAACGGGUACCAGAUCCGAGUGUGAGGCAGGUGCCAGCUCCACAGGCCUCACCUGCUUCUGGGGACCAGGGCUCACCUGCUGGAACCAGCCUGGCUAUGGAGAAGCAGGGGCUGGUGAAGAAGUGGGGCAGGGCUGAGGGAGAGUGCGUUCCAGCUCCGCCCCCAAAGCUGUUUCUCCUUCCACUGAGCCAAACCCCCUGACUGUGGGCAGGGAGGCAGUAAAUUUUUGGGGGUGGGGGAGAGUUUUUAACUCUACAACUGAAACUUACGGUAUUUGGGAGAAACUUAAGACAAAUGGAUCUGCUGAUGGCCAGAAGGCCAUUGCUAGGAGAUCUAAGUGUCAUGGGGCUGUGUGAGGAGGUGCUAGCUCUUCUGGUGCCUCCACCCUGGCGUCUCUGUGAUUUGGGUGCAUCCUAUCUAUGGGAAGUAGCCCAGCCCUACCAGGCCUGUGGCGGGGGUGGGGCUGAGGAGUGCAGGGGUGUCUCCUGUUCUGCCUGCCCUGGCAGAAUUUAACCCAGGGAAAGGGAAGCAGGGUAGGAAUUGUCCUGAGAGGGGUCCUUGUGUAGCUCGCAAGUCAGGAGCUUAGCACAGGCCACAACUGCCCCAAGGGCAAAAGUCAGUGGCUCAGCAGAGCACUGGGGCCUUGGCAGCCCCCACUUGCAGUGCUGUGUGGGUCGUCCUGCCUCCAGUGCAGCCCCAGGCUGCAGGGGUGUUGUGGGAGAGCCUGGGGAAGGACACAGGGUGAAGAGUCCUGGCCCUUGCUGGUCUGCUUACUCAGCCCCUGCUCUGCCUGCUGCUGCAGCCAGGGGCCCCCGGCACAGGAGUUGAGCUUUAUGCAGGGCCCAGACUUGCACUGGGGUCAGCAUGACGGGACUGAGCAGAGCCGGGUGCCGGUCUGAGAACUGUGACUGGGCAUGGGGACCGGGUGGACACUCAGUGCCAGUGAUGGCCUCUGCAGGCCCCAUUUCUGCAUGGCAGCUCUUGCUGGCAAAAUCAGGAAGAACCCAGGAUGCUUGGGCUGGGACCGCCUCCUGCAUCUAGCAGUCCACCCAGGCUUGGGUGGCAGUGAGGGCCAGGCCUGUGGCUUGCCUUAGUUCCUCACAGGGCCCUGUGGAGAGGAGCCGGAGCAGCUGGGGUCAUCCAUAGCCUGCCCGCCAGGCAUGAGAUGCUUGGCAGGAAGCGAGGGGUCCCUGCCAAUAGGGAGUGGAGAGAGGUCGGCAGGGCUGGGAGUCGGUUUUGGAGGCUCAGGUCACAGAGGUGUAGGAGGAGGGCACAGUGCAGCCCCUGAGGUGGGACAGAGUCCAAGACUGAGAGGCGUAAGUGAGAAAGGAUGUGAGGGAGAGGGUAGGGCCAGGCUGCCCUGGGGAGUGGCGAGUUCGCUGCCGCAAAGACUAAAUGGCUACUUGUCAGGAAGCUGUAGAGAGGAUUCAGGUUGUGGAAGGGUGGCUGGAUGAGGUGGCCAUUAAGGUUUCUUUUUACUGAGGCUGAGUUGGUCAUGGCCAGCUGUCACUGAGGCUACAGAGAGGGUUGGGGCCUGAGUAAGUUGGGAUCAGAAUUAGGGUUGUAAACUCAAAUGCCCAAGGGACUGCAGGUGACAAAAGGGAGGGCCGCAGGGCUGGGUGGGGACUGUGGCAAACUGCAGAGGUCACAGUUAACCCCAUUAAAGGGGCUAUUGCUGCCUAGGGGUUCUCACAGUGCAGGCCCUGUAUUGCCAGAUUUGUCCGAUCUUUCAGAGGUCAGAACUCUGAACUGUCAUGUAAAAUGUGAUUUUUGUUUUUAAUGUUGGCAAUCAGUUCAAAACAUGUUAAAGCCUCAGUACCGGUGAAAGUGUGCCGGUUUGCGACCUCUGGAGUAGGGAGAGCUUGAGCUGGGGAGAGGUCUACUGAGGUACUUUGGGGUAGGAGGGUGUGGAAGUUCUGUGCUUCCCAGAGCUGGGCUGCAGGGGGGCAGGUCCUUGCAGCUUAGGAGAAGAACCGCUGCUGGGACUCCUCCAAGACUGGGCCGCUGCCCUGGGUUCAUCCUCUUGGCUCUCCUCGUAGACCAGAGAGAACUCAGAGACCCCCUGCAGCUGCUGGGUCACCAGAGCGGGUAGAGUGGGGAUGGAGAGGCUCUCGGCCAGCCAGGAGAUGGAUGGCCAGGGGCAGGAUGCCUAUACUCAGCGCGUCCGGCAAGGAAGACACCGGCAGCUGGCAGCUUUUCAAACCACCAGCUCUUGGACCAAAGCAGACCUGGCAGGGCCUGGCCAGGGGCACCCAGAAGGCCAGCUGGUCCAGUCCCUUGCCUCACUAGAGCCCUGAUGGGGCCAGCUGGGUCUAGGGGGGUUCCUAACCUCCCUCCUGGGCUAUAACCCGGCCAGAUCCAUUGGAGGGGCAUGGUGACCCUGACACCAUUCCAUUUCCAUGUCACUGGGGAAUGGUGGUCUUCAGGUUUCUGCAUUUGCCUAGGAGGUGUGAGGCCUCUCUGGGUCAGGAUGUGGCCCCAGAAGCUCUGGGAACUUCCUGGGAAGGGCUGGGUUCCAGGGCAGGGGAUGAGUGACCUGGGAGCUGAGAGAUGUGGGGGAAGUGUCUCCUGGUUGGAGCCCCAGAAGGCGCUCUCGCCCCAGGAUCCUGGAGCCCUCUGGGGAGGGGGGAGGGACAGAAGGAAGCCCCGCCCCAUCCUGGGGAGGGGAGAGCUGACCCCAGAGGGUCUUCUCCCGGCACUCAGCUUCCUGAGCUGAGACCUUGGGCUGUGGACAGGACACAGAGGUGCUUUUUCAUUUAUGUUCACGAUUUCUCAUAUGUAGCAACCCCGCCUCCCCUCCUGGGCGUGUUUACACAGGCCCUGCUCUCUGGGGAGGGGCUGGCCUGGCUGCAAGGUAUCUGGGGAGGCAGAGAGGCAGGGGCUUCGGGGCCUUAGUCACCACCCAUGCAUCACUUCACCUCACUCCCUGUGAGGGACAGGUACCUGGCUGACGUGGCCCCAGCUCUUCUGCCCCAGGUGGGGGCUGCUGGCUGGGGAGGGUCCAGGUGAAUCAGGUCAGAGGAAGCUGCUUGGUGAGGGUGGGCUGGAUGGGGGGGUGACCAUGUGGUCUCCCCAAAGCCUGGCUCCGUGUGUUAGGUGCCAGGGUCGGAACCCUGGGAAGCCGGGUGUGAAGCGCCUUCCUGUUCUCCGGACAGCCAGUCCUCUCCCUCCAGGGCCUCAGUGCAUUCUCACAGUCCCCUCAGCCAUCAUGCCAGCCGUCCCGUCCUCACCCAGGCUUGGCCAAGUGGGGAAGCAGCAGCCCUCUGGCCUGGGGUUGGGAUGAUAAAGCCCAGGACCAAGGCUUAGAGAAACAGAAAGGGCCAAGUUGACCACAUCUGAUUUCCAGGCCUUUUGUCAUCUCGGGCCCCGCCCCUUCCAGCUCUGACUUGACUUCCUGGCUCAGGAGUGGGGUCCAGUGCCCAGAGGCGUGUGCUCGUGUGCCUGGGUCUCCUGCCCAGAACAUUUCCUGGCUUAGCUGCUGCAGCACCCCCAGGCCUCGAACAGGGGGGCCUGUGCACUGAGUCCAAUGUACCGAAGAUGGGGACCAGUUCUCUAAGGGGCACGGGUGGGAGGAGGUCCACCCCACAGGGUCCCAUCGCCUCCUACCGACUGGCUGCCAUGGUGCUAGCUGCAAGGCCAUCAGUAUUGACCCCCUUGCCCUGUCUUGGUGCUCCAGAGCCCCAAGUUCCCUUUUCCUUCAAGUGUGGCGAGAGGAGAGCCCCGGAUGAUGGCCGUGCCUCCCUUCAGCUGCCUUUGGCUGUGUGCUGUACUAGACUCUGUUCUUCCUGUUCUCGUCAGUAUUCACUUUUACACUUCGUCUCAUUCCUGUUCUCACUUCUCCCUGGAAUGAAUAAAGUCUCCCCAGCUCCGGUGUGUGGGCCGGGCAGAAACCA